AUGGCCCCUCGACCGACUGCGCUCAGUAUUCUCCGGGACUGCCCACGGCUGCUAUUCACUGCCGCUCGACCAGGCUCAUCGCGCUUGCAGCCAUCCCCCGACGCCCAGGUCCGCCUCGCCUCGUCCAAGAAGGGCUCCUCCGCUCGCUACCUCGCCAGACAGAGGAAUGACAUCUACGUAAAGGGGCGCCAGCAAGGCAGCACCAGCUUCGGCCCAAAGGCCAGGCGAGGCACCCCCAUCGGCUUUGACGACUUCCUCGAUCAUGCAGACGAGCCAGCUUCUGCCGACGUGCUCGGGGCCUCGUCGGCCGGCUACAUCUCCCGAUCGGCCUUCAAGCUGGUCCAGCUCGACGACCGAUACCGCUUCCUGCGCGGCAACAAGGUCGUCGUCGACCUCGGCGCUGCUCCCGGGGGCUGGACCCAGGUCAUCGUCGAGCGGCUCCGGCGCAACAGCAAGGGGGGCAAGCGGCGAGCCGCCAGCAGUGGCGAUGAUGCGCUCAGCGAUGAUACCCAGCCGCUCGACCGAGGAAGAGCGACGGGGAAAGUCUUCGCCCUCGACAUCCUGCCGAUGCUCCCCAUCGAGGGUGCCACGACUCUGCAGGGCGACUUCCUUGACCCUUCCGUGCAGGAAAGGCUCAAGCAGCUCGUCAUCGCAGGCGACAGUCGCAGCCCCAACGACAAAGAGGCCGAUGUGAAGGGUCAUGAAGAGGGUGCAGCUGAGCCGAGUCGGCGGCGGCGCGGCUUCGUCGACAUCGUCGUCAGCGACAUGAUGGCCAACACAACUGGCAAUCCCGUCGCCGAUACGGAAGCUUCUCUGGAGCUCUGUCGGGCGGCGCUGGGCUUUGCGUUGGCAACACUCAAAGUCGACCGGGAGCCGCCAUCCCGGGGUGACGAUAAGCGCUCGCCGAGCCCGCCUCCCUCCGCAUCUUCUUCGGUGCUGGUGAUCAAGUACUUCAUGUCGGCCGAGGCGGAUCGCUUCCGCAAACAGGAGCUGGAGCGCCACUUUCGCUUUGUCAAGGCCGAAAAGAUGGACGCCUCGCGCAAGGAGAGCCGCGAGCAGUUCUGGGUCUGUCGGGGCUUUCGUGGCGUCGCACCGGAGUCGCAGCCGUAG